GCUAUUAUUUGCGAACUAUACCGGUCGGCAUAAUUUUAGAACGUGAUUUUGGCGGUAAUAAAGUUCCAAUAUUAAAUCAAAUAUUUUAACAUGGUUGAAGAUAAAAAUCAAAGUGUAGAAUUAACAGAUCAUGAAGCUGAGUUAUAUGAUAGACAAAUUCGAUUGUGGGGUUUAGAAUCACAGAAACGGUUACGUGCAGCAAAAAUUUUAUUAAUAGGCUUAAAUGGUUUUGGAGCAGAAAUAGCAAAAAAUAUCAUUUUAGCAGGUGUUAAAUCAGUUACAUUUUUAGAUCAUAGAAAUGUCACGGCUGAAGAUCGAUGUUCACAAUUUUUAACACCUAAAGAAUUAAUAGAAAAGAAUAGAGCUGAGGCAUCUAUACAAAGAGCACAAAAUUUAAAUCCUAUGGUUAACAUCGAAGCAGACACAUCUAAUAUUGAUGAUAAGCCAGACACAUAUUUUAGUAACUUUGAUGUUGUUUGUGCAACACAAUGUACCAUUACACAAAUAAAUAAAAUUAAUGAAGCAUGUAGGAAGCAUAAUGUGAAGUUUUUUACUGGAGAUGUAUGGGGAACGUUAGGUUAUACUUUUGCUGAUUUAAUGACUCAUGAAUAUGUAGAAGAUGUAGUACAAACCAAAAAAGUACAAAUCUCAGAAAGUGGUGAACCUAUGCAAAAGGAAAAAUUUGAAAACAUAACUGUAACCGAAAAACAUGUAGAUACCUUUGUACCUUUUAAAUCAAUUUUAAAUGUUUCAAAAUCUUCUCUUCCUAAAGACUCAGAAAUAUAUUAUAUGUUACUAAUAAUGCUGAAUUAUCGUGAAAAAUAUGGUAAAGAUCCAUCUCCUAGUGAAAGAGGUUCUGAAAAAUUUAAAGUUGAAGCUUCUACAAUUAUUAAAAAAUUUGAUCUUGAGGAUAAAAUAAAUCAUUUAGUCGAAGGUGAUAUAUAUGCUCAAGUUAGUCCAGUUUGUGCUAUUGUUGGAGGCAUUAUGGCUCAAGAGAUAAUUAAAACGGUUUCACAAAAAGGUGCUCCACAUAAUAAUUUAUUCCUUUUUAAUCCAGAUACUUUGUGUGGAAAAAUUUUGAGAUUGGGUCAAUAAUAUUUUUGCAAGAUGGUAUGUCGAAAUACCUUUUUGUAUUAAUUGUCAGGAUUAUUAUUUUCAUAAUUAUUCAGUCCAUGUUUCUUACAAAAAAAAAAAAAAAAAAUAAAAAAAAAAAAAAAUAAAUUAAUUAUCAAAAAUAAAAAAUACUACUGUUAUUUAUAACUAUUUUCCUUUACGAUUUAUUCUUCAAUGUAAAGCUAAUAUUUUUCCAAAUAAUUCCAAAAAGUAUCUAAAAUUUCUUUUAUAUUUAUCUCGGGAAAGAAUAUUUUCUGGGACUUUCCUGACAUUUAAAUAUCAAUCUUUUCAUUUACAUUCCUUCAUAUAUUCAGCUUCAAAUCCGACAAAAAUAUAUCGCCCGAGUUUUGAAGCUAUAAUUAUCAUUUGCAUUGCCUAUUCAAUGUUCAAUAUAUAACAUAUAUGUCCUGUAUUUUUCCUUUCAAAGCAUACGAAUAUUCUAUUGGUAAAUAUGGUUUAUCGCAAUCUGCGCACACGUUCCAAGAUAUUUUCGUUUCCCGUAUACGGUCCUAGGAUACGAAGGGGGUCCUCCCACGUAUGUGAAAAUAUGACUCACUUUCUCGGUUUCCGCCGGGGCAAUUUGAGACCCGCUUUGCGGAUUUUUUUCGUGUUCUCUCGCGCGGAAAACGCGGUGGGAAACGUGAAAUGGAAAUUGAAAAAUUGAAAAAAGGGGAGUCGAGUUGAAGCACGGCUCGUUAUGCUUUAUCGGCCCGUCGGAUAUUACCUUCGUACCACCGCGACAAUCUCUUUUUAUGCUUCGAUAUUAUUUAUAAAACGUUGUACCCUUUCAUACAAUCUUCCUAAUGAAAGCCUCUCAUUUUUCUUUCUUUCGAAUUUAAUCGACUUUAUCCUAUGAAAAUCCCAAUGGCGCUUUAAAUUUAUACGUCGAAUAAAAAUAAUCCGACACGAAUAUAUAUUUUUUUUCUUAACGAAACUUUCCCCUAUCAUCUCUUCGCAAAUUUACCCAUCCUUGCUCUCAUAAACACUUUUUAACACUUCAUCAAUCUUAACUUUCUCUCCUCUCCGUAUAUAAUAAUCGUAAUCGCGUAUUUUUUAUAUAUCCAUGUUAUUCCAUACGUUAAAUCAACGAAACCAUUACUUUCGUUCCUUUAUCUUGGCGCGUGUAGGCGUGCCGGAGAAUUGAUUCGAUUUCCGCGAAGCAAUCAUGACUUAUCGUCUUUCCCCGUGAAAACGAUGUUACACAUCCCGACUAUUCAUCGUCGUGUAACGAUCGUAUGCAAAUGUCCUCCUCGGUUGCAGGUACUUAAACGUGUUCAUGAUCUCGUUCCUUAACGAUGCGGCCACGUGCUUUCACGGGUGUCGAAUUAUAUUUCACGACGGCGCUUUCACUCGUGUUCGAGGCUCGUUGAAAAACCAUUAACAGAACGGAGACUCGUCGUAUAGGAACGGUCACCCUUGCCCCUCUUAAUUCGCGUUGGCACGCUCUUUCGCUUCCUCGCCGGGGUCCAGGGGAGGAUGAACCUCUACGUGACUGAUCUGCCGUCACGUAUCCGCGAGCGCGACCAAUUGUGUUGACUGGUGGCCGCUCGUAAAAUCUGAUACAUUGUGCGGCCAGUCGUGAAGUAUUCAUCAUGUCCAGACACACCGAAGGCACGCAAUCGAGGAAACGAAAGGAUUGACCCCGUGGAACGUUCACCAUUUAGCUUCUUCCUUUUCUUCCUUAACUCCGGAGCAUCGAUUUAUGGGGAAUAACAAUUAUCCAAAUUCGACAACCAGAUCCUGUCUUCAAAUCGUCUCUCUGUCGAUUGGCAAUUUUUCACACGAUUCCAAUCCUCGGAGAGACGGGUGGGACAAGGCGAGUCUGCACAAAGGCGCAUCCUCGCGAGGAAAUUUAUCGCGACGGGACGACGACGACGACGACGGUGAAAAGCGGCGAAGAAAGAGGAUAGAAACGAGAGAGUGCACGAAGGAUCCGGCAAUCUCGUGAAUAGCCCCGCGCCUUCCACAAUCGUCGCGAAUCAAUUCCCAGAUUGAUUUUGCACCGGGUCACCGAUUUCUCGGCUUUCUCCGAUCGAAAGACUCUCGCACCGAAGAUUCUUCUAUCCACGGAAUAUUUUCCCGCUUGCCGAAUGAAAAAUGGACCGACAGGAAUGCAAUAUACGACGGAUGGUAGGUAACAGUAGCGAAACUCGCUUGUGAUCACGAUGUUGGUAAUAAAAGUGAUAUUCGAAGAA